GGUAUGUCAAAGUCAAAGGAUUUAUUAUUGUCAUCGCAAGCAAACUUACGCGAAAGGAAAUAGAUUAUUAUAAUUUGAAUAAGUGCAUUGUUUAAUCAAUAAUGUGGAUUUUUGCUCUCUAUUUAGUAAAAACAACAUACAGAUAAUUUGAAAACGCAGUAAAUAUCAGUAUAUUCAUGAAAGAGAUCUAUCGAAACGUACGCAAUCAGAAUUCUAAGUAGUAUUGUAUUUAGUCUUCUAAUUUUACCAAACAGGUCUGAAAGAUGCUCUCUGAAGAUGGUAUGGAGAACAGACGAGGGCCUCCCGGAGUCAACUCCAGGUCCUUGAGUGCUGCUCAUUCUGCAGCUGAUCUGGAGGUACUAAGAGAAAUUGAGAAUGUGUACUUCCGACCACCGUCGGAGUUCGAUGCGGGUCGAUACGUACUGGAACACGCGCCGGCCACCUCCUGCGAUGAAAUAGAACAAAUGUUCACGAAGCUAAAACGUCAGCAACAGGUAGUCUCCGGAAAAGCCCUCCACUUAAUCUCCCAACAAAGAGAUAAUUGUUAUAGGGAGUUCAAAGAAAUACAAAACAUUCGCGAACAACUCUCAGCAACAUUGGAAACCUGCCAAAAGGCCCGAGUUCAACUCAGAGCCGCAUCCAACCACCUAACGAUAUCCACAUUUGUGAUUCUCGCAAAUUUUCGAAAGAGACAAAUCAUUCGGUCCGUUCUCAAGUCUUUAGAGUUACUCAGAAGUUUGCGCAGUGUCGAAAAAGAUGUAGCCGAUUUGCUAGUUAAAAAAGAAUACUUUGAAGCCAUAGACUUGAUUCUUAAAAGCAAGAAAGCUGCUAGUCUUCAUAAGGAGUACACUUGCAUAUCCGAUCUUGCGUCCCGUUUGCAAGACACCCUGGAUAUGACAGAAGAAAAAUUAGACACAGUCUUAGCAAGCCUCUGCUACAAUUUCGAUGAAGUUAUCUUUAGGAAAUUGCGAAAAACUUACGCUUUGCUAGGCAAAACUCAAGCUGCUAUGGAGCAAUUGCACAUGCAUUACUCUUCUGCCGUAAACAAAUCCGCUAUAGAGGCGGUCAAAAAUUUCUUAGGAGACAUUUCUGAUUUGAAAUUCAAAGAAAUGUGCCAGUCCGUUCAAGCGAAUAAAGCUCCUAUCUGCUUGUUGAAUUUGUGCGAAAAUCUCUUUUUAAUCAUGAGGAGUUAUUACCUGUUAGUCGAGUGGCAUUCGAAAUACGAUGAAGAAGAAUCGAUUCCAAUAUCGAGUAAUGUAUUUGAAAUCGAGAAGAAUGUUAGCAGAGAGUAUAUAAGGCAGAAAUUAAAAGCUGGACUCGUUAGGAUCUGGAACGAUGUCCAAGCAAAAGUGUCGACAUUUUUGAGGAGUUCUGGCUUAGAAGAAUACCCGUUUGAGAAAUUUAUACAAAUGUUAGGAGUGUUAAGAAAACUUACUCAAGUAGCUGAAGUUUUUUGCGGUGAUAAAUCAGAUCUGUUACAAGACUUUAUUAAGACCCAAAGUGUUUUAUACAUAAAGAAUUAUCACAAAGGACGGAUGGAGGAAUUGAAGUUGUUUCUAGAAAAUGAAGGAUGGGAACAGUGUCCCGUUAAAUCAACGUUCAAUCUACUCUAUUUGCAAGAGUUCAAACAGUUCAAAAAGUACCUGAAUGUUAGAACUGAUACAUCGCUUUUGAAGACCCAAUCGGAUGGUGCUUCCUCAGUCCAUUCUCAAGAAGACAGUGUUUAUAUUGCAAAAUAUUUCAAACAAAAUUCACAUCACACUCCGUUCGAGAUCUUCCGCAACGAAAAUAUAACGAAUGAUGAUAUAUUCGGCCUUGAACCGGAAUUGGUGAGUGAUGAUUCCGAGGAUGAUGAGCCAGAUGAGUUGAAGAGGGAUUUCGUGGAUGAAAAUGAUCGGCCGGAACCGAAUCAAAGUCCUAGUCGAGUUACUGAUAGCGUUAUCGUCACAAACACUACUCUCUCAGUUUUAAGACACUGCGGUCAAUAUCUGCAAAUUUGUCGCUAUUUACCGCAGAUUUCGCUAGAAGUUGUAAUGCUAAUGAACCAACUUUUCGAUUACUAUUUCUUCACUGUACACCUAUUUUUCACCGCCGAUUUGGACGUCGCAUCUUCUACUCUCUACAGUCCAAAAUUAAACUCUGUAUUAAAGAGGAUAAAGAACAAUAUUGAUACGGAGAAUACUGGUGAGGUUGACGGCAAAAUCCCAUGUCCAGACCCGCCUCAACAUUUAAAUAUGACUUCCGAAGAAAAUUUGCACGGUCUCCCUGAGAGGAUAGUGGCGGUUGAGAGCGUUAUUUUCCUGUCAAAGCAAUAUGAGAUCUUGCAACCGUAUUUAGAGUCCAUAGUUGCGCCGCAUCAGAGGAUGAUUUUGGAACAUUUUAAAGAUAAUACCUUAGCUGUUGUUCAAGAUCUGAGAGUGCCUGUUUACAUGUGUUCGGCGUCUAAAGCGGUUGACGCAAGACAAGCACUUAUAGCGAUGUCCCAGAUCAAAUGGGACGUUAAAAGCGUGGCUGUAGAACAUAGCGCGUACGUUGACAUGAUUAUAAGGAAAAUACAAGUAUUCGCGCUCCGUCUAGAGAAUAUAGCGACAAAAAUAACAUUAAAUAUAGAUAUUUUAAACGCUAUCUGGAGUAUGGUGUCGAAAUUUAUAGUUCACCUCCUUGUUGAAGGCUUUUCGAACGCGACAAAAUGUUCUAAUGGCGGUCGUGGGCUUAUGCAAUUAGAUUAUCGACAGUUAUUCCUGAAAUUGGAAAAGAUAUCAGGAUUAAGGCCUGUGCCGUAUCAAGAUUACGUCGAUAGCUACGUAAAAGCCUAUUACCUCCCUCGAAAAAGCUUAGAAGAAUUUGUCUUAAAAAGAGUUGAGUAUUCAAAUAAGCACCUUCUGGCUUUAAUAACCUGUGCCUGCGAAAAUAAAAAAGAUAGACAAGCGUUGUCUGUGAUCAUUGAGAGUAGAGAUGCGACUGCGUAGUGUUGCCAGUGGAAAUGUAUUUUUUUUUUCAGCUGGCAAUUUCGGGUAUUGAUAAGCCUUGUUUUCUAGUAUAAGCUGAGAUGAUUAUUCAACGUUUAAGUAUACUGUUAUUGGUAAAGCACAAAUAUCAAUUUCCAUACUUUUUGUCAGAGCCUAGGUAGGAUGCUAUAAUCAACAGUCAAGCUUACAAACACUCGACUAGUGAAUUAAAAACAAAAAUAUUUUCAAAAUAAAAAUGUACUUAAUUAUAAUAGUAAAAUUCGUACAAAUUGUGAUAAUUAAAUAAAUUGAAAAUUGUAUUUAA